AUGAUGCAUUGUAUUUUAUCCUAUCUAUUGCUUUUGUUCGCCGUUGUGUCUGCUGCACCUGGUCCUGCCGUCUAUAACCCCGAGAUCUAUGUUCCAAAUUCCGACACAGUCUGGAAAGCUGGGGAGACGUAUACUGUAGAAUGGAGCAAAACAUCCAAGGAUGGAAGAACCAUUCCAGAAGGCCAUGAUGGCAUUAUCAAGCUAGGCUAUGUUGAGGAAGGUUCUAUCGAUGAGCAUCUUUAUUGGGAUCUUGCUGCUGGUUUCCCACUCAAUAGUGGAUCAUGGAAUGUGACACUCCCAGGCAAUCUCGCAACUCGAUCAGAUUACAUUGUUGUUGUGUUUGGCAAUUCGGGCAAUGCAUCCCCCAAAUUUACUAUUCAAAGUCGUUGA